CAACAUCCGUUUUUUCCUCUUCUUUUUUUCCUCUUUUCUCUUCAUAUUUCUUUUUAUAUAUAAUUUUUCUUUUUUUAAAUGCGAGAAAAUUCUUUUUGUGAUUUAAUAGAGGGUCAACCAAAUGUUAUACUUGCUUUAGCAGCCCCGUCUGAAAGCACAAGUACGAGUAUAUCAUCCAGAUCCUCUUCAUUAAACUCAUCCAUCCAAUUGACUGCAGCUGUGCCUGAAAAGACAAGAUGGUCAUGUCAUAAAAAUGUCUUGAUUUCAUCUUCCAACUAUUUUGAAAAUAUUUUUAAUAACCAAUUUCAAGAAACAGAGGCAUCUAUCGUAUUUUUACCUCGUGGUAUCUUCAGCUCUUCAGUACUGGAUGACGUACUUUAUUUCAUGUACACCAAAUCAAUACAAACAACCAGUUUUGCUGAAUCCGACGAUCGGAACCUAGAAAUACUAGACCAACUACAGUCCAUGUACAUGGCAGCGGACUAUCUCGGCAUGGAUGAUUUGUGUUCAGCCAUCCACCAAAGCAUCAUGAAGCUAACACAUGGUCUUAUAUGCUACUGUCACAGUUGUACAUUACUGAUUCCACAAUUAUUGUACUUUACCGGUCCAAAUCAACAAAAUGACCCACGCUUAAGCAAACUAACCCAUUCUAUCUUACGACUUUUGAUUAAUGACCCCGAAAAGACUCUGCCCACAUUUUGGUGUAGCACCGCAUUGGCUUCCUUAUUCUCUCAGAGCCCCGAGAUGGAGUCUUUACACGGUUAUUUACAAGAUUGCUUACUAGAACACGUCAAUAAAAACAAUGCUAUUGAAACACUACACGGUUGCUUCUUAGCAAAGGAUCGGGUACUUCAUAGUGAUUGGUCGCCUUUGGUGCACACCCAAAAAAGAAUACAACAAGCCGGCUCCAAGCUAUUGGCCGAUCAUUUUGAUUUUUACUGUACCAAAUACCCAAAGUUACUCUCCUGUGUUGACGGUGUUACUUACUCCUUUGAAUUUCUGGACUAUCUUUUAUCCUGUGUGCUGGGAGAUCAAAUGAACGAAAUCAAUGCGUGUUUACUGUACAAGGGCAUUGUGCGUAAUUUAAUGUGCAGAGAUAUUGUUCAACGAACCCCGCCUGUCAAGGCUAUUCUGAAAAAGGCCAAAGAUAAAACCGUUCGCUAUAUUGGCGCACAUUUAAAGCCGAUUAAAGAAAUGGAUACAAUUGACAAAAGCGUGAUUGAGCAGCUUGCAAUAGAUCUUGUGGUACCUCUCAGCACCUUGCUGGAUGAUGACUCAAAAAGAAAUGGGAGCAAACCCGGUAAUAAUAUGAAACACCAAAGACCACCGUCUACCACCUCUUCCAAUCAUACCGAUAGUAAAAAGAAAUCUACGGCUCCACCUUGGAAUAUCAAGCUACGUUCCCGUUUAUGUACUAUUGUGUUUGGUCAACCCACUCUUCACUUUAAGGUCGGACAGCGGGUUCAAAUAUCAAACAGACCUGUAUUUACGGUUGGUACCAUUUCUUAUGUGGGAAAACUCACAUCAUCACCUGACAAUUCUAAAAACACAAUUUCGUCGAACCAUGACCUAUUUCUUGGUGUCGAGUUAGACAGAAGCGUUGGCACAAGCGAUGGAUCUAUUGACGGGAAAAGGUAUUUCACUACUUUGCCAAAUAAAGGCAUAUUUGUCAAACCUUCCGAUGUUACUUUUGCUUAAUUUUUACCCACUUCUUUUUUUUUUUAUACCAAUUAUUUUCACACCCUCAUUUAUCCCCAUUAUGUAUUAUGUAUUAUAUCUCUUAUUAUUAUUAUCUAUUGUUAUUCCCCAUCAUCACAUCAAAUGAAAUUUUAUUGUUGUUUAAGCGUGUUGUGGCCCUUAUUUUAAAUUGAAUUGCAUUUUUGAUGCAUUUUGCUGCACCUCG